AUGGCUCUUAAACGCAUUAACAAGGAAUUAGCUGAUCUCGGAAGAGAUCCCCCCUCAUCCUGCUCUGCCGGCCCCAUCGGCGACGAGAUGUUCCACUGGCAGGCGACCAUCAUGGGUCCUUCGGACUCACCAUAUGCUGGAGGAGUGUUCUUCUUGGCGAUUCACUUCCCCACGGACUAUCCUUUCAAACCACCAAAGGUGAACUUCACAACCAGAAUCUACCACCCCAACAUCAACAGCAACGGAAGCAUCUGCUUGGAUAUCUUGAGGGAUCAGUGGUCGCCAGCGCUUACAAUCUCUAAGGUCCUGUUGUCGAUUUGCUCCAUGUUGACCGACCCCAACCCUGACGAUCCUCUCGUUCCAGAGAUCGCACACACUUACAAGACCGACCGCCAGCGUUACGAGACAAACGCGCGGGAGUGGACCCGAAAUGUAAGGCACGACUGA